CAUGCGUUUCCGUACUCGCUCUUAGUUUCCGGAAGUAGUCUCUCUGACAACAACAAUGAAACAACAGCAGUGGUUGUUUAGCGAAUUAUGACUAUGUUUUUAACCUAAUUCUUGAAUAUGGCCAAAUCGGAGAAAACUUUGAACGUGAUAUUAGUCUGACAUUUUAAGAGUGGGACAAUCGUGACUUUUCUGCUCAUUUGAGCCACUUUGUUUACGUUAGCACCACGGUUUGAAGUUAGCCCACAGGAAAAGUUACUUUAAGUGCAUGAAGAAUCGGAGGCAUCGGAAUAAAAAAAGAGAUGCCCAGGUUGCAGUCCGGCGUGUGGAAACAUUUUACCCCGGCCAUUAAAAAUGGGAGGGAAACUGUCAUGUGCAAUUACUGCACAAAGACAUGCACUAAGAACGCUACUAAGAUGCAGAUGCACUUGGACAAAUGUAAGGAGUACUCUGUGGCGACGCAGCAGUCACCUGCUCCUGAUGGAUGUUCCGCUGCCUCCGUUCCUGUCCCCUCCUUCUCCUCCUACCUGCCGUCUGCAAACCCCGCGGGGCCCUUCCUUAUUGAUUCAGUGGAUCAGCGCAGCCAAGCCUAUGCUGACGAGUUCCUGGCCAGGGCUGUGUAUGCCACCUCCUCAUCUCUCUCCCUCACAGAGAAUAUUUAUUGGAAACGAUUUUUCAACGUGCUGCGACCUGCUUACUGUCCGCCCACCAGAGAGGCUUUGUCCUCUCAUCUGCUGGAGUGUGAGCACGACAGAGUUCAAAACCAAGUUCGCGAUGCCAUAGGAAAAGCAGACAGUUUGACCAUAAUGUGCAGCGGCUUUUCACACCUCAAAGAUAAUGGAACUAUUGUUUAUGUGGUGGCGACCCCUGAGCCGCUGUUCUACAAAUGCACAAAGACAAAAGAGCCGACAAACCGUGGCUCCUUCAUCGUACAGGAACUAAAAGGGAUCAUAAACAAGGUGGGAGCUCAAAAGGUCUUUGCCGUCAUCACUGAUGAUUGUCCAGAAAUGGCUGCAGCCCGGUCACAGGUCGAGGAAGUUUUCCCGCACAUAUCAGUGAUUGGCUGCACAGCAUAUGGCAUCCAGCGACUCUUUGAAGACUUGGUGGCACAGCCGUCUAUGAAGGUGUUGUGCAGGAGAGCUGAACAGGUGGUGAGGCACGUCAAGGAGUGCAAGGUUUUAGAAGACACUUUUAAUUCUUGGCAGAGCACCAAGUUGAGAACUAAUGCUUCUGACAGAACAACGCUGGCUCUGCCUAACAGUUGUGACUGGACUGGUGUGCUAAAAAUGUUCAGCAGCCUCCUCGACGGCCAGAGUGCUCUCCAGGAAAUGGCCAUCUCCCCUAAUCUGACUGUUGAAGCCUCCGUCAGAGCAACUCUGCAGGAUUCUGCAUUCUGGAAGGGUCUGCUCAGCAGUCACAACCUACUACAACUGGUCAGGAAUUCCACUGACCAGAUGAAAAGAGAGGGCGCUGUGCUGUCCGGUGUUGUCGACAUGUUCAGUCAGCUGAGGUACCACAUAGGAAACUCUCUCUUGGGGUCUGUGCUGCACAGCACGGAGCAGAAAGCUGUGCUGGCUUCACUGGACAGAUGUGAGGAGCUCUGUGUGAAGCCCAUCCACGCAGCGGCCUACAUGCUCGACCCCAAGUACGUCGGGCAGCAGACCCUCACAGGGGAGCAGAUAAACAGCGCUUACUUUGUGAUAUCCACCCUCUCACAUCACCUGAACCUUGACGAGGGUAAAGUUCUCGCCAGCUUUGCCAGGUUCUCGGCCAAACAGGGACUUUGGAAAGGAUCGGGAAUAUGGAGCUCCUGCCAGCACGUGUCGGCGUUCACCUGGUGGAAAGGCCUGUGUUCCUCAGAGCCACUGUCCGCAGUGGCCGCUGCCAUUCUCCAGAUCCCUCCAUCGACAGGUGUCUGCGAGAGCCUGAGGUCCCGACUGUGCAACGUAAAAACUGAAGGUUCUCUCACAGCGGACGGGUUGGAGAAACUGGUCGCCGUGCAGGCGAAUCUCAACCUUUUGGAGCCGAGUGAUUUUGAGUUUAUGCCUUUAGAGAGGGAGGAGGAGGAGAAGAAGGUUUUCUUUCAGUCAGAGACUCAGUAGAUUUAUAACAUAUGUUAAUAAGGUCAUCAUUUUCUAUUAACUACUUUUACUACAAACCACUGAUUAUCAUGCCAUGUCAUUAUCACCUACUACAAGAUUACAAAGUAAGUUUGAUGUAAGAUGUAAAACCUCCAAUUUGUAUUGCAUUUGUAGAAACAAUAUUCAGUUCAGGAAUGUAAUUAAGAUCUACUUCAAAAAUGACUGUUUUCUUUUCUGGUAGUAUCACCAACAAACACUGCAUCUUUUUUGUAAUGUAAUAAUGACCAACAAAGAUAUUGGACACUGCAAAGUCUGACCUAAGAAAAGGGUCAUUACUAUUUUAUUCUAAUAAAAAAUCAGUGGUUGA